CCAUUUUUUGCUUGCUUGUUUGCUCCCUCAUUCAGCCGCACUGGGAUCUCUCAUCUGUCCAACUUUUCAUCUCUCCCUCUUCUGCUUUCUUUUGUUUACUAUAUUAUUCUAUAUUAUUUGCACUAUUACCGCUACCACUCCUAAUUAAUCAUAUUUGUCAUGGCCAUCUUCCAAGCUGCUUGGGAGUCGUACAUGGCCUUUAUGGCCCGGUCGCCCGUGGGCUGCGCCGUCGUCACUGUCGUGCUUCUGGUCUCGUUUGUCGUCACAUGGGCGCAGCUCGAGCAAAAGAUGAACUACAACCCGUCGGCCCCGCCGUUCGUCACGUACUACGUGCCUUUCAUCGGAUCGAUGAUCGAGUUUGGCAUCCACCCGGUCAAAUUCAUGCGCAAGCACCAGGCGAUCCACGGCAACUUCUUCACCUUUCUUAUGUUCGGACGCUGCAUGACUGUUUGCAUUGAUAUUGACGGCAACGACUUUGUCUUCAACGCCAAGCACUCCAACGUCACCGCCGAGGAUGCUUACAACUCGCUGACCAAGCCCGUCUUUGGCGAGGGUGUCGUCUACGACGUGCCCAACGCUGUGCUGAUGGAGCAGAAGCGCAUGUUCAAGGCCGGUCUGUCGAUUGACAGCUUCCGCGCCUAUAUCCCCAUUUUUGUGCUGGAGGUGAACCAGUACGUUGACAAGCACUGGAAAAAGGACGAGGACACCAUUGACCUGCUCAAGGCCAUAUCCGAGAUGAUCAUCAUGACUGCGUCGCACUCGAUGCUGGGCCCCGAGAUCCGCUCGAAGCUGUACGAGGGCGUUGCUGAGCUGUACCACACCCUGGACGGAUGCUUCACCCCUAUCCACUUUUUGUUCGAGUGGCUCCCUCUGCCCUCCUACUAUGCGUCCGAGAAGGCGCAUGCCGAGCUGGACCAGAUCUUUUCCAAGGUUAUUGCCGAGCGUCGUAGCAACCCCGAUGUGAAGCACACCGAUAUGCUGGACAUUUUGAUGACCUCAAAGUACAAGAACGGCGAGUCUAUGAGCGACAAGCAUGUCGGAAACAUGCUGAUUGCCCUGCUCAUGGCCGGCCAGCACACGUCGGCUGCCACCACCACCUGGUCUAUCCUCAACCUGGCCGCCAACCCCGAUAUUGUCGCCGAGGCGCGCAAGGAGUACGAGGGCAUUUUGGGCGAGGAGCUCAAGGGCGACAGGAUUAUUGAGCCCACCUAUGAGAACGUCAAGGACUUUUCGAUCCUGAGCAAUGUCAUUCGCGAGACCCUGCGCAUCCGCUCUCCUCUCGUUCAGAUCAUGCGCAAGGUUAUCAAGCCCACCGCCAUCCCCAACACCAACUACGUUGUUCCUGCCGGCCACUACCUUAUUGCCUCCCCCGUCAUUUCAUCCACCGAUGAGAAGUACUACAAGAACGCCGAGGACUGGGUGCCCAGCCGCUGGGUCAACGCUGACACUGACGAGGUUGCCGACAAGUCGACUACUGACUAUGGCUUUGGCGCCCUGUCCACUUCGGCUCGUUCCCCCAACCUGCCCUUCGGCGCCGGCCGCCAUCGCUGCAUUGGCGAGCAGUUUGCUUACCUGCAGAUUAAGACCAUUCUGUAUAUUCUGCUGACGCGCUUCGACUUUUCUCUGGACCCCAAGCGUGGCAUGCCUGAGCGCGACUACACCUCCAUGGUGCUGCUGCCCGAGGGACCGGUGCUGUGCAAGUACAAGCGCCGCGUCACCAACUAAGCCUAUGCCUUUUCCAUAUCAAAAAUAUUAAUCAUUCGUACAUCACAUGGCCACGCAAAGUCGCAAAAUCCUACCGGCGAGCAAUAACUGCUGAUGCCGUUGCCGUUGACAAUACCACAAACCAAUGCAAUUUUCAUCAAAAAUGGAACCAGAAGAGAGCACUUGUACUUAACAAACAAGCAAGCCAUUUGAUGCCGACAUAUCAAGCAAAUAAAAAUAAUU